UUCAGACCCCACAUCCUUUGCAGUGCCAUAGCACAUGGAUUUCAGAACUACCUGUGAGGAGACAAAGACAGGAGUUUGCUUGCUGCAGGAUGGUAAUCAGGAGCCAUUCAAAGUCCGGCUACACCUUGCCAGAGAUCUUCUGAUUCUCCAGGAGCAGGAUGUGAUAUGCGUGUCUGGUGAGCCUUUCUAUUCUGGUGAAAGAACGGUGACCAUCAGAAGACAAACAGUAGGAGGAUUUGGAUUAAGCAUAAAGGGAGGAGCAGAGCAUAACAUUCCAGUUGUCAUUUCAAAAAUCUCUAAGGAGCAAAGAGUGGAACUUUCAGGACUUCUCUUCAUUGGGGAUGCAAUUCUACAGAUAAAUGGAAUUAAUGUGAGAAAAUGCAGACAUGAAGAAGUGGUUCAGGUACUUCGGAAUGCUGGAGAGGAAGUGACACUAACAGUGUCAUUUCUGAAAAGAGCACCUGCUUUCCUGAAACUCCCUUUGAAUGAAGACUGUGCAUGUGCUCCCAGUGACCAGAGCAGUGGCACCUCCUCUCCUCUCUGUGACAGUGGCUUGCAUCUCAACUACCAUCCCAACAACACAGACACCUUGUCAUGCUCCUCGUGGCCAACCUCUCCAGGCCUGAGGUGGGAGAAGCGCUGGUGUGACCUCCGCCUGAUUCCCCUGCUCCACUCCCGCUUUUCCCAAUAUGUGCCCGGGACAGACCUGAGUCGACAGAACGCCUUUCAAGUGACUGCUGUGGAUGGCGUCUGCAGUGGGAUCAUUCAGUGCCUCUCCACUGAAGACUCUAUUGACUGGCUACAAGCAAUAGCAACAAACAUUUCAAACCUCACAAAGCACAAU